AUGUCCCAGACAUGUCCAUCCCCUCCGUCUGACCCCCGCGCCGAGGAGCCGCUGACAGAUGGCAGCAGCUCUCCUCCUUCCAUCCUGAGGAAACGGCCGCCCGUGGACCACGCCGUGGGGGAAAAGCGGAAAGCGGAGAGAAGGGUUCGUUUUCGUGAGCCAGAAGAAGUCAUCGAACGUGCCAUUCCCUGCUGUGACUGCGCCAUGGCGGAUGCGGGGCCAUCACCCGGAUCGCCUGCACUGCUGUGGCUCUCACUCUGCGCGCUGCUGCUCCUCGCUGCCAGUCUCUGCUACACCAGCCUGAGGCAAGACGUCCAGGUCCUGGAGGAGUUUCGGUCGCGGCUCGUUAUCGUCUCGCUGCAGAUCAGACACAUUGCGCAGAAAUGCUGGACCUGGUUCACCCGGCAGUAG